UCCCGCGCAUUUAGUUGUGGUGGGGCGAGUGUUCUCCUUGGUUCUUUGGUGUUGGGUGCUGUGAAAACCUCACAAAAUGGGAACAACUGUGGACAUCGAAAGAGAUGCACGUCUCAGGGAGAUCCAAAGAGAGUACCUGGAGUUCCUGGAGGACGAGGAGGAUGCUGGAGUGUACACCCAGCUGGUGAGGGACAUGGUGACCAGUGGUGACUGUCGCAUCAUUGUGAACAUUAAUGACCUGCGACAGAAGAACGCCCACCGUGCUUCAGGGCUUCUUAAUAGGGCUUUUGAAGAACUACCAGCAUUCCAUCGGGCCCUGAAGGAGUUUGUGAAUUCCGUGGAUGUUAAUUUUGCCAAGUCAAAGGAGGAACUGUUUGUUGGGUUUGAAGGAAGUUUUGGCAGCAAGCACUUGUCACCAAGAACACUGACCUCCAGGAACCUUGGGAACUUGGUGUGUGUGGAAGGCAUUGUCACCAAGUGCUCCUUGGUGCAGCCCAAAGUGGUGCGUUCUGUCCACUACUGCCCCAACACCAAGAAGACGCUGGAACGCCGUUACACCGACUUCACCUCCUACGACCCCCAGCCCUCCAGCAGCAUCUACCCCACCAAGGAUGCUGCUGGUAACCCUUAUGAGACAGAGUUUGGCCUGUGUGAAUAAGACCACCAGACAAUCUCCAUCCAGGAAAUGCCUGAGAAGUCUCCUGCAGGUCAGCUGCCUCGCUCAGUGGAGGUCAUCUUGGACAACGACCUAGUAGACAAGUGCAAGCCUGGCGAUAGAGUGCAGAUUGUGGGAAUCUACCGCUGUCUGCCCAGGAGACAAGGUUCCUUCACCGCCGGCACCUUUGGCACCAUCCUUCUGGCCAACAAUGUAAUCCUCAUGAGCAAGGAAGUGUCACCUCUCAUUUACUCAGAUGAUGUGCAGAAGUGCAAGAAGUUCUCCAAAAAAAAGAAUGUGGAUGUGUUUGAGCUUCUUGCAAAGUCCUUGGCGCCGAGCAUCCAUGGCCACGAGUACAUCAAGAAGGCACUACUGUGCAUGCUGCUUGGGGGCGUGGAGAAGGUGCUGCCCAACGGAACAAGGCUCAGAGGAGACAUCAACAUCUUGCUGAUUGGAGACCCAUCGGUGGCCAAAUCUCAGCUGCUGCGGUAUGUGAUGAGCACAGCACCACGAGCCAUCACCACCACCGGCCGCGGCUCCUCGGGUGUGGGUCUCACAGCAGCCGUCACCACUGAUAAUGAAACUGGGGAGAGGAGACUCCAGGCUGGUGCAAUGGUGCUGGGUGAUCGGGGUGUGGUCUGCAUCGAUGAGUUUGACAAGAUGACGGACGCCGACCGCACAGGGAUCCACGAAGUGAUGGAGCAGGGCAGAGUCACCAUUGCCAAGGCUGGGAUCCACGCCAGGCUGAAUGCAAGGUGCUCCGUGCUCGCUGCAGCAAACCCUGUGUACGGCCGCUACGACCAGUACAAGACACCCAUGGAGAACAUUGGCCUCCAGGACUCCCUUCUCUCACGUUUUGAUUGCCUCUUCAUUAUGUUGGACGUGGCAGAUCCCGACAGUGACCGCAGGAUAGCAGACCACGUUGUCCGCAUGCACCGCUAUAGAUCCCCACGUGAGCAGGAUGGCGAGGCGUUACCCAUCAACCCUGGACCAGACAUGCUGUCCACCAAUAAUCCUGAUGUAGCACAGGAUGAGGAGACAGACACUCCCAUCUAUGAGAAGUACAAUGCUCUCCUCCACGGCAGCCUCAGGUCCAAAAACGACAAAAUUGUGAGCAUCAAGUUUAUGAGGAAAUACAUCCACAUUGCCAAGAACAUGAAGCCGACCCUGACCAAGGAGGCGUGUGAGGUGAUAGCUGAGGAGUACUCCCGCCUUCGCUCUCAGGACGUGGAGCACUCUAAUAUGGCCAGGACCCAGCCCAUCACUGCCCGAGCCUUGGAGACCCUGAUUCGUCUGUCCACAGCACACGCCAAGGCUCGGCUGUCCCGGCUGGUGGAGGUGGAGGAUGCUGAGGCUGCAAUUGAGAUGGUGUCCUAUGCGUAUUUCAAAAAGGUGAUGGAGAAGAAGAAGAAGGCAAAGAAAGAUGAAGACAGUGCAACAGAGACUGAAGAUGAGAGUGAAGCUGAAGAGACAGAAGGAAGGAAGAGGAAGAGGAGAUCAACCGGUGAGAAGGAAAAGAAACCCAAGAAGCCAAAGAAGAAGCCUGGUGAUGAAGGCUACGACCCGUAUGAGAUGGAAGAGGAUGGGGAAGAUGAGGAGAUGGCUGAGGCUUCACUGUCCACCUCCCGGGGCUCAAGACAGGCCGCUGAGGACACCACUUCAACCCCUAAGGAGAUUUCUUCCCAGCGACUUGAUGCCUUCAAAUCCUCAAUACUGAAACUACUAAAGGAGGAGCACGCCCAGACCAUGGCCAUGACCCGCGUGACGGAGUAUGUCAACACAGCACACCCCGACCAGCCCUUCACCAGCGACGAGAUUGAUGCUGCUGUGGAGAGGAUGACUGAGGCCAACCAGAUCAUGGUGGCUGAUGGCAUGCUCUUCCUCAUCUAAAGGAAACACCACUUUUCUCUGCUAACUUUUUCUCUUCUUGCUAUCUUUUCCUCUUUUCUUUUGUUAUGUAUGAUGUAUAAUUUAAUUUAGUUCAUCCGAGGAGGAUAAAGUUUCAUAGAACUCUCACUUGGUGUGUACAUUUUAUAGCUUUAUUUUUUACAUGUGUUUGGAUAAUCAGUUCACCAGAAAGUUUUCAACAGUACCUUGUGUCUGCAAAGAAUCAUUUGUUACUUCCACAUUAUUCUCAUUAAUGUUAUAAGUGAACAUAACACAAAUUAAGGAUUAAUGAGUGGAGGUAUUGAAAUAACAACGAUAUCAUGUACGCACAAGUUUGUUGUCUAUGAAAUUUAUUUAGCGUCUGUUUAAGAGAUAUUAUUCCCGUGAAAUAAAUGGUACAAACUCAA